UAUCAACAAAUUAAAGUUAAAAUGGCUUUCAAGUUCACCAUCUUAGCUGCUUUAAUCGCAGUUUCUUCCGCUGGAGUUGUUCCUGCUGCAUAUCCAGCUCAUUAUGCAGCCCCAAUUUACGCAGCCCCCAUAGCCAAAGUAGCAGCUCCAGUAUAUGCUAAAGCCGUAGCUCCCGAACCAUACGAUGCUCACCCACAAUACAACUUUAAUUACGACGUCCAUGACGAUCAUACUGGAGACGUGAAAAGCCAACAAGAAGUUCGUGAUGGAGAUGUAGUAAAAGGAGCUUAUUCUUUCAUUGAAUCUGAUGGUGCUAGACGUGUUGUUGAGUACACUUCCGACCCAGAACACGGAUUCAACGCUGUUGUUCAAAGACAAGAAGGUGCUGCUCAUCCAACUGGUCCCGCUGCUGCUCCAGCUUAUGCUAAAGUAGCCGCUCCAGUUUAUGCUGCUCCAAUUGCUAAAGUUGCUGCUCCAGUUUAUGCUGCACCUGUAGCUAAAGUAGCUGCUUAUCCCGGUUAUGCAUCCCAUGGAUAUUACCAUUAA